CCCCACACACCCAGCAGCGAGGAUCACACGGGCUGACUCUCAGGUCGGAAAGCGCAAAAGAAGAAGAAGAACAAGAAGAAGAAGAAGAACAAGAAGAAGAAGAAGAAAAGGGGGGAAUCGGAGAAAAAAACCGACGCGCCAGUGAUUCAGUGAUUCAUCCGCAGUUUCCAGGCUGCGCGCAGGUGGAGGCGCAGAGGAGAGCAAACAGCCGCUCGGGACGGAUCGGAUGAAGCAGUCAGGGAUGUUCAAUAGGCGCAAGAUUUGAAACGACAUAUCAUUUUUUAAAUAUAUAUAUAUAUAUUUCUUAUUUUUUAUAUAUAUAUAUAAAUUUCCCAGCAUCUUUAUUGUGAAUUUCGGAGCUACAAUCGCCUUCCGGACAGGAAAUAAUAAUAAAUUUAAAAAAAACAAGAAAAAAAGUUUUGACUCCUUUAAAGAAAAAAAAAGAAAAGAUGCUGCUCAGCUCCGCUGCUGUUUUUUCACGUACUGCUGUGGAUUUCAGCGUCAGCGUAAGUGGCCAGUCAUCACUUGAGAAAUAGCUGCGAUUCUUUCGCUCUUUAAUUUCGGUGCCAAUUACAGCAGAAGGAGGGAAGCCCUGUUGAUUUUAUUCUCAUUUUUAUUAUUCCCAUUAUUCUUUUUUUUUUAAAUUACUAUUAUCCUCAUCGCGGCACAACGCCUGUCUCCUUGGCCGGGAUUUGCAUCCAUCUGAAUCUCUCCGUUAUGGACUUCCUCGGACUGUACUUUCUUCAUCUGGCUCUCAUCGGAGUCCCACACGCGGUUCUCUCCGCAGGCGGGAGGGACUGCCUGCACGCCGGAGACACCUGCUCCAGCGAUGACACCUGCAGCCCACGACUGCGCACCCUCAGGCAGUGCGUGGCGGGAGACGGCAGCAUGAAGCUGGGGCCCGGGGCGCGGAGCCAGUGCGAGAACGCCAUGACGGCGCUGCUGUCCACCCCUCUGCAUGGCUGCCAGUGCAAGCGAGGGAUGAAGAGAGAGAAGAACUGCCUGAGCAUUUACUGGAGCCUUCACCAGUCGGUGCUGCACGGACUGAGUCUGGUGGAGAGCUACCCCUAUGAGCCAGAGGAGAGGGGCUCCGACUACGUUCGUCUGGCUUCCAUCGCUGCAGAGUCUGAGGUAACGACAGUGAACCGCUGCCUGGAUGCCGCCAAGGCGUGCAACAUAGAUGAGACGUGUCAAAAGCUGCGCACCGAGUACGUCUCAGCCUGCAUCCAGCCGUCGGCCCGCUCGGGGCCAUGUAACCGACCAAAGUGCAACAAGGCGCUCAGGAAGUUCUUUGACCGCGUUCCCCCCGACUACACCCAUGAGUUGCUGUUCUGUCCCUGCACCGACACUGCCUGCGCCGAGCGCCGCAGGCAAACCAUUGUGCCGUCCUGCUCGUACGAAGAAAAGGACAAGCCCAACUGCCUGGCUCAGCUGCGAGACUGCAAACAAGACUACGUGUGCAGGUCCCGCUGGGCUCAGUUCCAGUAUGACUGUGAAGCGUCCGAGCACAGCGCCAGUGGCUGCAAGAGGGAGAAUCAUGGAUCAUGUCUACUCGCGUACACCGGCUUGAUAGGAAGCACGAUAACUCCCAACUACCUUGACAACUCCACUUCCAACGUGGGACCCUGGUGCUCCUGUGCAGCAAGUGGCAACCACAGGGAGCAAUGCAAUGACUUCUUGGCCUUUUUCCAUGACAACGUUUGUCUGAAAAACGCCAUCUUAGCAUUCGGGAACGGAUCUGACGUGAAAACAGGUGCCAGUCAGCCUGGGAUGUCAAGUCCGGCGACGGACAGCCACAGUCCACACUUGGCAACCACCACCCCGGGCGUCUCCAUGGAAACAGAGCAGAACGUUCUGCGAGCACAGAUACCUACUCAGGUAAAUGGGAAUGACAGAUUGUGGGGCGACGAGGGAGACUCCACUCUUCCCUCUCCGGGCCUUUUGGAUCACGGCCCUGAGCCCGUCCAUCUCUCCAUGCUGCUCAUCCUGGGCUGGCCCAUCCUGGUGCUGCUCUCCCAGCCGUAGGAGGCGUCCCUUUAAUGACCUUUAUGGACUGCGCUGUUCAGAGUCGACAGGGAGGAGGAUUGGGGUGCGAGAGAGAAACGGCCAUUCCCGAGUGUCCAAUGACGGUGUGGGGGAAGAAGAGCGAGCUCUGUCCUGCCCCACUCCCCUCUCCCUGUCACACACCAGAAUCCCACCUAAUCUUUUUGUGAAUCAUGACUCAGAGUCGACGUGUUGUGGAGGAUGCGUCAUGGACAGGACCACAGGAGAGGGUGUCGCCACUGCACCACAGAGUUGGGGAAAAAAGAAGGUUUUACGCAUCAUUCCCUGCUGCACACCAGCCCAACUUUUACG